AUGACUAAUACAUUUUUGUCAACAUCAAAACUACCUGAAAUAGCUGAUAUAUUUGCAUCGUAUGAUCGAACAGAUCAAAAACUUACUCAAGAAGGUAAAGAAGGCGAAGUAUCAAUUGGUUGUACAUUCAUAAUCAAAAAUAUCAAUGGACAUCGUCGAGCAUUAGAUAUAAGUGGUAUAUCUGAAUAUCCAUAUGAAGAGGAAUAUAUAGAAAUGUUUACUUCUCGAUAUUGUGUUCAAUAUAGUAUUCCAUUAUUAUUUUCUAUUCGAUCACUAAGUCAUCAUUUACCUGAACAUUCAACAGCUUUUUCAUUUUUACCAACAAAUAAAUUACCAUCAAAACCAGAUAGAAAAAAAGGUAUAACAGAAAUUCGUGGGCCUUAUUAUGCACCAGUAACACGCACUUAUCUUAAUGAAUUACUUCAAGAUUGGGGAGAAUAUGUUGAUGGAAUCAAAUUUGCUGGUGGUUCAUUUUCAUUAAUGCCUGAAAAACGUUUACGUGAGAUGAUUGAUAUUGCACAUAAACAUCAAUGUUAUGUUAGUACAGGUGGUUAUAUUGAAAGAGUAUUAAGUUCAUCAGCUGGUGAUAAACAAAUUAUAAAACAAUAUUUAAAAACAUGUAAAGAUCUAGGCUUUGAUGUAUUAGAAAUAAGUUCAGGUUUUCUUAGUAUUCCUGCUGAUGAUUGGACAGAACUUGUAAAGUUAGUUAAUUCAUACGGUUUAAAAGCAAAAACAGAAGUUGGUAUACAAUGGGGUGCAGGUGGUGAUGCAUCGAUUAAAGAACUUGAAAAUGCUGGAACUCGAGAUUCGAAAUGGUUAAUUGAUCGUGCCAAAAAAUUUCUGGAUGCUGGAGCUCAUAUGAUAAUGAUUGAAUCUGAAGGUAUUACAGAAAAUGUUAAAUCAUGGAGAACAGAUAUUAUUUCAGCUAUUACAUCUAAUUUACCCCAAGAUAAAAUAAUGUUUGAAGCAGCUGAUCCACAAGUAUUUGCUUAUCAUAUUCAAAAUAAUGGUGCACAUGCCAAUUUAUUUAUUGAUCACAGUCAAAUUGUUCAAUUAGCUUGUCUUAGAAAAGGAAUUUGGGGAACUAAUAAAACAUUUGGAAGAAUUGUUACUUUUCAAAAUUAA